AUGGGUUAUGUGAUCGCGUUUUUCUCCACAUCCUNGGACAACAGAUUAGACAUAAUAUGGGAACUAAAUGGACAAUUGGCGGACUCCAACAGAUGGAUCCAAAGACAGACAUAUAUAUUGGUUUGCGAACAACUCAUCCAAAACGAGUCGAUACCGCGGGACCUAUUUGUCGACAAAAUGCUCCACCAUUUGCUCAAUUUGUCUGCAGAUAACGUACCAAAUAUUAGAUUAGUUUUGGCGCGAAUCCUAACCAACACUUUCUGGCCAAUCGAAGACUUGCAAUCAGAUAAGGAUAAAGAUGUGCGCCAGCAGUCUAUGGCCGUCCAUUUGUACGACAAUACAGAAUCGGACAAUAUAUAAGGCAGUAAUUGCUAGUCGAGGAACUGGUGAUACGGAAUGCGCUCUUUCGAUACUACAUUGGAUGCCAUAAAACUAUUAUUUAUAAAAAAUUAGUGAAUUGAGAGCUCAAUUAAUUUAAUGAAUUUAGAUAAUGCUUUUAAUUAUUUAUGAGUUGAUUUGUUAUUAU